UGAUCGUGAUGGUGACUGUAGAAAAGGGGAAGUAGCUGCGUCACAUGACGCGGGCCGGUUUGCCAGGCAAGCUACCAAAGUUUACCACAAACUUUGGCGUGCAAACCGGUCGCAAACGCCCGCUUAAAAACGGCCAGGGUUUGGGCUUUGGGGAAAACUCAUUUACUCGUCGACGAAAACACAUCAACGUCGUCCCCAUCCACAGCCGUCCCCAUCCACAGCCGUCCCCAUCCACAGCUGUCCCCAUCCACAGCUGUCCCCAUCCACAGCCGUCCCCCCAGGAGAGCAAUUCCAGCCCAGCAGCAGCCCGCAUUCGAGUUUCCCAAUCUACGGUUCGAUCCGUGACCUGACGAUUCGUGUCUUGCCCGCCUGCAACUGCCCGCCCGCCAUGGCGGCCAAGCUCGACAACCGCAUGUUGGAGCUAGUCUUCCAGGGCCGCCCAGACAUUCUGGCCGACAUCAAAAAGGCUGCCGACACGCCUGCCCGCGUCAAUCUGUUCAACCACAUCGCCAGCUUCGUGCACGAGCAGCUCUCUGCCGCCGACAACAAUGCGCCCGACGAGCCCGCAUCCAAGAGGAGGCGUGUCGACAUAAUACCGCAGUCGCAGGUCAACGGCCGCCACGCCACAGCCCACAACGCGGGCGGCGCGCUGCUCUCAGUUGACGCCGCCGCCACCGAGCCCGUGCUGCUCGAGAUCAAAGACAUCUCCAUCGUCGCGCCCCAGCGCAAGAAGUACGACCUGUGCUUCACCAAGAACUUUCUAUACGCGCGGGCGUCGGGGUCCUCGACGCCGGUGCCGGGCGUCGUGUAUCCGUGGAGGGACGUCGAGCACGCCUUCUACCUCCCUGUCCCCGACAAGAGCCAGGUCCAGUACAACUACGUGCUGUUCCCGCGCGACAGCUUCCUCCCGACGGCCAAGCCCGGCGCAGGCGAGCAGGCGCCGCAGCCGGCGCCGCAGGAGCCGCUCGUGUUCACGGUGCCGGCGACGGCGCCCAAGCCGGGCAGCGUGGGCGGGCUGUCGGCUGCAACAGCCGAGACGGUGUCGGACACGUACAGCAGCCUGCUGCAGUGGGCGCUGACGACGUCGCUGCGGGCGGCGGGCAACCUGGGGUGCGCGCUGGUGGCGGCCGACGCCAAGGUGUUCCACAGCGCGGCGCGGCAGGCGUACCGGCCGGCGGAGAAGGCGGUGCACGUCAAGGCGUUCCGCGGCAGCAAGGACGGCUACCUGUUCUUCCUGCCGACGGGCAUCCUGUGGGGCUUCAAGAAGCCGCUGCUGUUCCUGCCGCUGGACCGCAUCGUGGCCGUCAGCUACACCAACGUGCUGCAGCGCACCUUCAACAUUGCGGUAGAGCUCGAGGAGGGCAGCGGCAGCGACGCCGUGGCGACCGACAAGGAGAUCGAGUUCGGCAUGCUCGACCAGGAGGACUACCAGAGCAUCGACGAGAUGUACGUGCGGCGCCACGGGCUCGCCGACGGCAGCAUGGCCGAGCGCCGCAAGGCCAAGCGCGAGCUGGCCGAGAACGCCAAGAAGGCGGGCGGCGACGGCGCGGAUGCCGGGGACAACGCCGCCGAUGGAGCUGCUGGCGGCGAGGGCGACGGCGACGGCUUGACGGUGCUCGAGCGCGCGCACAAGGAGGCCGAGCAGCUGCUGCAGGACGACGAGGACGAGGACGAGGAAGACUACGACCCGGGCAGCGAAGGCGACAGCGAGGGCUCGGGCGAGAGCAGUGACGACGACGACGACGAUGAUGACGGACGGCAACGGGGACGAGAUGGAAGAAGGCGAGUGAUGUUGUUUUUGGCGCAACGAGCGGGUGCUGUUGGGUUUGAAUGACGGUCAGGGCACAUUUAAGGAGUAGACGUACAAGACGGAGCUUUGUCUGUUGGAUCAGGGUCUUUUGUCUCACAGAGCGAGGGCAGGGAGGCUGCCGUACCAAGCAAGCACAUACAACUGAUAGAAUGAUGAUGCCAGCUAUCAAGAGACGACUCUUCGUGAGCGUGCAUGCCGCUGCGUUGCGUCUCAAGGGCCGGGGUCCGCUGUGUGAGGCAGGCCAAGGGCGUUCGUUCACGGACAACGUGCGUUGCAUCC